CACACCACCUCCGUGUAAAGCAGCCGGAACGAUAUUCGGAGCUUGUUAUGCCGCUUGCCUCAGAGUUCGACCAAAUAGAAUGCAAAACUUCCCUCAAUCCGCUGCAGAAUUCUUUCUUUCACUCAAACUCGCUCCUUUUGCGCGAUACUCAGAAUACGACUGCGAUGGGCACAAGGACGGACUAUUCGUCAUGCUUAGCAAUAAUGAUCUCCCCCCUUCAGAUUUACCAGACCAUGUCGCAAACAACCAGUAUCGGAUUAAUUUUGACAACGUAUGCAAUGAACGUGCAAAGGUGUUCUAUGUUUCAGUAGCGUCAGUUUACCAUUACCACAUACGUUAUAUCAGCGAAAGCUUUACCGAUUACUUGAUACAAUAUACAGGAUUGGCUUUGGAAUGUGGAAGCGUUCCUCAAUACGAACUACAUAUGGGAGUUAAUGACUUGAUUGUGUCGCUUCCAAGAGAACAAAGUCCACGCGAAUCGAUUCUAUUGCCUCAGCCAAAAGACUGGGAUAUAGGCAAUUACCUCCCAACAUAUUUUACUCAAGAGAGGGAUCUCACCAUUCCGUACCUUUUUGACACCCUCGACAGGAGAUAUAGCCCGGAAACGAAAGCAACAAAGCCAUAUCCACCGUUUGACAAUCCUGACGCCAUCAAGUUCGAUUAUCCUUCCUUUGAACUGUUUCGCGGUGCGAUGCUGAUGAAUUGGAAGCCUUACCAUGAUCUACUGGCAGAUCGAAACUUGUCACCCAGAAUAAACCGAUUGGUCGAUUAUGGUUCCGGUAAGUUUCCAGAAAGGAAGCAGAUCGACAUAAAUCAAGAUAUCCACGAUCUAUUACAACGUAAAGCUCAAGAAUGGAUAAGUUCGACACCUUCAACUAUCGGUACCACCAGAUGCUUCAAUGAAGUGGAAGUUAAUCAAAUUAAGUAAAAGACAGUCACCCUCCAGCAACUGUUUCAGUUACAUCAGCAC